AUGUCAGGAAAUGACGUCAUUCAUCAAUUAACCAUUAACAGACCGUCUCUAUACGUGUCCAUUACUCUGACCAAUGGCACCACUCUAUACCAACAGUACGGUGAAUUCUCUGUAAACAACGAGACAGACAACUACAGACUUUACCUGGCUGGUCCGACCGAAGGGACAUUAGGUGACAGUAUGUUAGAUACUGGUAAUUCUUGGGUUGAUCAGUCUGGGAUGUACUUCUCCACCAGAGACAGGGAUAAUGACAUGUGGAGUGAUAAUAACUGUGCUGCUUACUGGAGAGGAGGCUGGUGGUUCAACAUGUGUUACCGAGCCUUCCUUAACGGUCCCUGGUCCCCGGAGUCCUGGGUCUGGCCAUGGUAUCCUACAGUGGUAGAUGGUCAAGAGAUAAAAGACACUGUUAUGAUGAUAAAGGCUCACUAA